AUCUACUUUUUUAGUACUUUUUUUAAUAAGAAAAGGAUAUUUAAAAGUUUAUAGUAUAUGUAUUUUUGAAAAUUUUGCAUUUUUUUACUAUUCCUUAAUAAGCGUGCCAAGUCAAUAUGGGAAGAAUAUUUCCGGAUGGAGGGAGUAGUUCGAAACAAAAUUUUACAUCCCCAGAUAAAAUGAAACAUUUUAAGGACACAAUGGAAUACUUCGGCUGGAGCAACGAGUCGGAUUCUUGCCAAGCUUUAUGUCUAAGUUAUAAAUACGGAUAUAACAGAGAAAUUUCAGCAAUGGAUCUGUGGCGCAAUGGUAGCGCGUCUGACUCCAGAUCAGAAGGUUGCGUGUUCGAUUCACGUCAGCUGUUCAGUCAAUAUGAAUACCGUGCAGAAGGGAGACCUAGAUUCGGAAUGAGCUUAGGUCUAUUUGUGGAUUGUCUCAGUACAUUUUCGGUCCCUGGAAAAUCAAGUGCAAUUGAACUUCAGUUUCCAGGGCCUGAUAUGGAGCUUCUUCUCAAAACAAGGAUUCCUGAGACGAUGCCAUGGGACUGCAACUUUGAACCUACAGGAAGUACACCUAUAAGUUUUACCGUCAAGUCUGCCGCACUAAAGGAAGCUAUAGAUGAUCUUGAAUGGCCCGGGUCAAGCAUUCUGCUAACCCUGCAACCAACCCCGCCAUCUGUUACGUUCAAAGGCCAAGGCCAUGGUGACUUACAGAUAGACUUUAUGCACCGCACGACUUCUGAUCUUGUUGCAUUUCAUUGCGAUCGCCUUGUCUCAUACAGGUACAAGUACAAAUUCCUUCAGGCGACAACUUCGAACAUGCCUAGUAGUGUCAUGAGGGAUAACAGAGGGAGCAAGUGUACAAUUGGCAGAAGUGGAAUGCUCAAAGUUCAGCAUCUCGUCUCACUUGCUAGACCGGUAGUCUCACUCCCCCACUCUGAUUCUUCUGCAUAUCAUCUCCCCAGCCGUAUUGCUUAUAUUGAGUUCUUUGUCAAGCCGGAGGUGGAUGAUGAUGAGGAACACAAUGCAAACUAAUACUUGGAUGUGUUUUAUCCCAAGCGGCUAUGCUACUUAUGAGAGGGUAUGGUUUAGAUAGUUGUCUAAUAUCUACAUUGUAAAUAGUACUUUUAAGUCCUUGAUUCGAUAUUUUUAGUGAUCAAAACCUCAAUCUAAAGCCUAGUAGGGUAAGAGCAUUGGCAACGGUGUGUAAUCUAUCAUGCCUUGCUGAUGCCUUGCUACCACAUCACCAUGGAGUACCACAUCACCAUGGAGAACGCUCUUGCCAUGCAUGGCAACCU